AUGGAGCAGGUAAAGAUCCCUGCUAAACAUGUGCAACAAGCGUCCUUACUGGCGGAGGCUCAAGCCGAACCGCUCAUGUGGAGACCUUUCUCGACUCUGAAAUGUGAAAAAGAUCUCGAGUGUUCACGUCGACUACUGAACAACAACACGCUACUAUUUAAGCUGGUGCGGUGGUUCAAUUUCCGCGUCGAACACGACCAAUGCAAAGUGCAGCUCGCCACGAGCCAAUUCCAGACUGUAGUGACCAAUUCGUUCAAGACGUUGGAGAUGCUCUUUAGCGAUGCGUUGCUGUACUUGGAGCCGGACCAGACCGCCAUCUUCAUGCAGAUGAAAGAGGCCUUCCGCUUGGCAGACAAGGACUGUAGCGGCGAGAUCGACGCGGACGAAGUGGCAGAUAUGCUGGAGACCAUCGUCGCCCAGUCUGGCACGGUCAAGCAAGGCGAGAUCCACAAAUACGUCGAGGAAUUCAUGCGUGUGGUGGACAAGGAUAACAGUGGCUUGGUGUCGAUCGAAGAGUUCGUCGAGGCGCUGGAGAACGGCCUUAAGCUCGAGGUGGAGGUGUACGCGCAACGUAAAUCCAAGGCCUCGGCUCUGGUAGCCAGAGGGAGCAUUCCAAACUUCCACCUUUGGAUGUGCAGGAAGCGAAUGUCAACAAUUCUCGAGCCGCGAUGCCUCUCGUUGGCUGCGUCAUCGGCUCCUGUCAAGUGUCGCGAGCACGACGUUCUAAAUGUGAAGGAAUUCUCCAGUAGCGACAUUGCGGCGCAGAUGAAGACUGCGUACGUGGAAUGGCAGCUGGAAGAACGUCGCUACGAGAAGGUGUCAAUGGAGGAGCUCCUACUUCUCAACUGUCUCGUUAGUGGGGCGGGGGGUAUUGCCAAGAGUCUCACAGAGAUGGCAGAGAUCGUCGUAACCUCCUAA